AUGUGUACUAAAGCGGUUUAUUUAUCAAACAUUCUAAUAAAUAACUCUAAAACAUCUGUUAAAAAUACACUAUAUGAAUCAAAAAGAAGUUUAACUACGAAACUAAUAUAUAAUAAUUAUGGUAAUCCUUCAGAUGUUGUUAAUAAAGUUACCGAAAAUACGCCAGAACCAGGUAAAAAUGAAGUGUUGAUAGAAAUUUUAGCUGCGCCCAUUAACCCCGUAGAUAUAAACCUAAUCCAAGGUAAAUAUCCUAUUAAAAAACCACUUCCUGCUGUCGCAGGAUACGAAGGAACAGGAAGAAUAAUAAAACUAGGUGAAAAAGUUGAAAAAUUUCAAGUAGGCGACCAUGUAAUACCUGUUGAAUACAAUCUAGGAACUUGGAGAUCACAUUUAUUAGUGCACCAAAACGUAUUAAAGAAAUUACCACGCGAUUUACCACCAGCUGUAGCUUCAAUAUUAAUGGUAAAUCCACUCACAGUAUACAGAAUGUUAAAAGAUUUCGUGACUUUACAGCUAGGCGAUACUGUCAUACAAAAUGGUUCGAAUUCAUCUUGUGGGCAAUUAGUUAUACAAUUAUGUAAAUUUUGGGGUUUUAAAACAAUAAACAUCGUGAGAAGCAGAGAAAAUAUUGAUGAAUUAAAGCAAGAAUUGAAAAAAUUGGGUGCGAAUUAUGUGCUUACUGAAGAAGAAUUGAGAUCUACAGAUUUGUUUAAAUCGGGAGAAAUUAAAAAGCCUAAUUUGGGACUAAAUUGUAUUGGAGGAAAGAGUUCUUCGGAGUUAUUGAGAAAACUGGAUUAUAGCGGAACAUUAGUCACUUACGGGGGAAUGUCUACGCAACCAGUUACCAUUCCAGUUUCUGCAUUGAUUUUUAAAAAUAUAAAAUUCGUUGGUUUUAACGUGAAUCGUUGGAACGCAAAUUGCAGUAAAGAAGAAAGGGAUAGAACUCUUGACGAGCUAAUUUCUAUGUUUUUGAAUGGACAAUUAACGAGCCCUGCUUAUACUUCAAUUCAUUUGGACAAUUUCAAAGAAGCUUUACACGUUGGUUUUUCGAAUAAAAAAUACAUUUUUGAGAUUAAAAAAUAAAUAAUAUGAUUUAUCAAAACUAUUUUACUAAAUCCUAACGCCUAUUUAUUGUUCCCUAUACUUUCUCUUCUAAAGGAAAAAUAUUUCGGAUCCACUACUAUAUCUAUUUUUAUGUAUGAGA